GUGAGUCACAUAGACAUCAAGUUGGACGGGCAACACAAUUCGAAAUACUAUCCUCUGAGCAUGAAAGGCCUGGACCCCAAGGACAUUCAGGGAAUGAAGAAGUUGGAGGUGUGGCACGACUUGGCUGUGCACCACCAGGAGCAUUAUCUCCAACCGCAACACCAGCUAGACGAAAGCCAGGGUCAGAGCAAUUUCUCUUUCUUUGCAAACGCGCAUUUCCAGAAACGCCCCGCUGCUGCAAAACUGGGCGGCCAGCCGUACGUCCUGCAGAAGCUCAUCAAAGAUGCGGAGCUUUUGGAGGCUGCCCAAGCAAAGGCGUCGGCGCCGCCGCCGCCGCCCCCGAAGAGGAAGGCAAGUGGCGAGCCGUCCGAGUCUGGGUCCGGGUCGGAGGAUGACUCGGGGAGCAGCGACGCGGCGGGAGGGAAGGAGACUGCUGGACCUGCGCAAGAACCCAGGGCUGCCCCUUCCAUCGGCCUCGGAAGCUUGGAAGUGGUUGCAAAGGCACGAGCGAAGGCCAAAGCCAAGCAGGUUGUUCGGCCUCGCAGUCGUAGCCCCUCAGUGGGCAAGCCUGCCAGCAGCUCCGUCGUGAAGGCUGCCAGCAGCUCCUUGGUCAAAGGUCCGAAGGGUGGCGGCAGCAAGAAGGAACGCGAGAUGGCACAGCUGCUGGAGCAGCUCCAGGAGAGCGACAGGGAGAUGUACAAUGUCGCGCAGGAGCACAUCGCGCACGCGAAGGGGACCGGCGUAGCUUGUUUGUUGACACUCAACGUGAAGCACUUCUUGACGAACAGUCGGCAGGGCGUGGUGCUACACAAUGCGGGGGCCUUGGAUUCUAGUGAUUCUACUGUGUAG